AGAGAGGCGGGAAAUUCUUUUCAGCACCAGUGUUGAGUUAUAGAAACUACAACUACCAAAGGGCCAUGGGCUUCUAGGCAGUUUUUCGUUUCCGUCGAGCUGUCCGUCGAGCUACUUCUGAGAGGUCAACUUGACUGGCCCAGGUCACUGUCCGAUUCAGCUGGUGACGAGAUGGGGGUCAACCAGUCCGUGGGCUUUCCACCUACCUCGGGACCCCACCGCGUGGGCUGCGGGGAUGUGAUGGAGGGCCAGAGUCCCCAGGGGAGCUUCUUCCGACUCUUCUACCCCUGCCAGGAGGCAGAGGAGACCGCAGAGCAGCCCCUGUGGAUUCCCCGCUACGAGUACUGCACUGGCCUGGCUGAUUACCUGCAGUUCAAUAAGCGCUGGUGGGGCUUGCUCUUCAACCUGGCUGUGGGGUCUUGUCGCCUGCCUGUUAGCUGGAAUGGCCCCUUUAAGACAAAGGACUCUGGAUACCCCUUGAUCAUCUUCUCACAUGGCCUGGGAGCCUUCAGGACGCUGUAUUCAGCUUUCUGCAUGGAGCUGGCCUCCCGAGGCUUUGUGGUUGCCGCGGUAGAGCACAGGGAUGGGUCAGCUGCGACCACGUGUUUCUGCAAGCAGGUCCCAGAAGAGAACCAGACCGCUAAUGAGUUGUUGGAGGAGGAAUGGAUUCCCUACCGUCAAAUCAAGGAAGGGGAGAAGGAAUUUCAUGUUCGGAAUUGCCAGGUGCAUCAGCGGGUCAGCGAGUGUACGCGGGUGUUGAAGAUCCUACAAGAGGUCACUGCUGGGCAGACAGUCCUCAACGUCUUGCCUGGUGGGUUGGAUCUGAUGACCUUGAAGGGCAGCAUCGACAUGAGCUGCGUGGCUGUAAUGGGACAUUCGUUUGGAGGCACCACCGCUGUUCUGGCUUUGGCCAAGGAGACCCAGUUUCGGUGUGCCGUGGCUCUGGAUGCUUGGAUGUUUCCUCUGGAACGUGACUUCUACCCGAAGGCCCGGGGCCCUGUGUUCUUCAUCAAUGCUGAGAAAUUCCAGACCAUGGAGAGUGUCAACCUGAUGAAGAAGAUAUGUGCCCUACAUGACCAAUCCAAGAUCGUAACCGUCCUUGGUUCUGUUCAUCGGAGUCAAACUGACUUUGCCUUUGUGUCCGGGAACUGGAUUAGCAAACUCUUUUCCCCUCAAAGCCACGGGAGCUUGGACCCCUAUGAGGGCCAGGAGAUUGUGGUGCGGGCCAUGCUGGCCUUCCUGCAGAAGCACCUUGACCUGAAAGAGGACUACGACCAGUGGAACAACCUCAUCGAAGGCAUUGGACCAUCCCUCACCCCAGGGGCCCCACACCAUCUGUCCAGCCUUUAGGCACAACGGGCCAUCUGUAAAAGGUCACACAUGGGAGAGAAGCCGAACUGAAUUCCCAUCUGGGGUCUGCCCAUGUGGGGGUCUUCCUGUCAGGAAGUGGUCGACGUGGCUCAUCUUCACGGAUCGAAAGGGUAUCAUAACACUGCUGACUGGAUAACUGGGUACUUUGAUCUUGGACUAGUUGAUUUUAUAUUCAUGGUGGGGCUUGGAUCACUUACUGAUGGGCAUGCUGACUUUCUGGGGCCCGAGCCCUGGUGGUGAAGGGAAUGAGCCCUGGGGUGGGGCGGGGAGCACCCGAGCCCUCAGCCGAGCACUGUGAGCCCUGUUACCCCAGCGAGCGACGCCCGCACCUUGAGCCAGCGCGGCUUCUGCAGGGGAGAAAUGAAGCUGAAGGAUGGAUGGAGUGCAAGUGCCUACCUUCGGGACCGGCAGCCUGACCUGGCCCCCUCUCUCCAUACCUCUCAGCCUUCUCCCUCCCGGGGGCCACUUGGCGAGUUCUCGGCACUUGAGGUAACUUUCUCAGAUAUGGACCACUACCAGAUUUCCUGUUUAUUUUCAGGCCUUCUCAGUGUGUGGAACAUAGUCCUGGGCACUUGGUCUGGGCUAACAUGUCCUUGCGAGCCUGCGGAGGAAGGCAGACAGCAUUGUCCUCGAGGCACAGGGAGAAAGGCUGAGGCACCGAGUGGGGGGCGCAGACACUCUGAAUGUCUGGGAGUUUUGCCAAAAACGUAUCUUGACAGAAGUAGGUUGAGUUGGAGAAGAUAGAAUAACUGUUAAGUAGGCAUUUGAAUGGGCCCUUGCCACAGAGGGAGGUAGUUUGGUCAGCCAGAGUUCAGGCCCCCCCGCCCCCCACCAGGAGGCCCAGGAAUACUUCGGUCUCGCCUCUUCCCUCAGAUCUUGUGAGCCUCCAGCUUGCUCAGAAUCAGGGUGCUGGGAGCUGUCUGUUCUCUGGCUCUGAGGCCCUAGCCCAGGUUUAAGUCAACAUAUAGAUUGAAUUUUUAUUCUGUUCCAUUUAUAAUAUGAAUGAUAUUAAUACUCAUGUUUGCCUAAUGAUAUGUUGAAAUAUUCUCUGUUUAAUCUGCGUUAGAGCAAGAUGGGGAGCCAUCUGGUAGUAACUUUUCCUUCUGUCUUUCUUUGUUCACUUACUACUUGUGCCCAUGUGGAAAAAAACUUUAAAAGGAAAGGAAGUCUUCCCAGUGAUCUAGUUCAAAGCUGUCCGGGAGGACCGACCUGAAACACCCCUCUCCACCACUCUAGCCAUAUUGCCUCAGUUCAAGUAGAGGACCCCAGAGAAGGCAAGAUCAAAAGGGAAAUGUGUCUCCACACAGUAGGUCCAAGGUCAGCACCACCACCACAAGCUGGGGCUGGGUCUCCCACGUCUCAACAGUUGUGUUAAGAAGUGAAACUUCAGGUCCAUGGAGGCUGGGAACCUUGGGAGGACCCGUGACCCCAGCGAGACACAGGGUAAAGAGAAUGUCAUUAAAGCCCUGAGCGCUGGAGGUCUGCAGGCUGGCUUCAAGGUCUGGUUCGCCGUGACCACGCAACUUGGAGCGAGUUGCAUUCUCUUUCCAGUCUUGGCUCCUGCACUUCUAAGAGGGGGUCUGCAUCAUGAGUAGUUAGGAGGAUUGAGUGAGAGGGUGUGUAUGCAUAUGGAUUAUUUAAAAGUAUGCUUCCUACUUUCCAAAUAUGUAAGAUUUUUCCAGUUAUUUUAUAGCUCUUGUUUUUUAGCUUAAUUGCUUUUGGUCAGAGAAAAUGACCCGUAUGGUUUUCAUCCUGAAACUUGCUUGCUGGCCCAAUAUGAGGUCAAUUUUGUAAAUGUGCCUUAGAUGCUUGAAAAGACUAUAUUCUGAAGUUGCUGGCUUACUCAACAACAUGAUGGCUUUUCCUCUGUGAGCGUGCAGACAGAUAUGUAAUAGGGCCUUCCAGCCCGCACCCGAGGACCACGGCCCUCAGCACUCACAGAAGCAGUGGGUGCCACCCUCGCGCCUCUACUGGUUCCGCAGGUGCCAAGGUUCCGUCGGCUUUAGCUCGGAGCCCAGCUUCUUCUGCCUUAGACCCAUGCAUGAUGCAUGGGUAUUUUGUAAAGACUGGGAGCCUCCCUGGAGACAGAAGGUGUUUGGAAACUGGAUCUAUCACUCUUCCAAUUCAGUUCAUAUUCUGGCAGUGACUCAUUUAUCUGGCAACGUUAGAGCAGGUGAAUUUUCCCUAUAAUCAAAAGUUAUCCUUCGAGCAAAAAAAAAAAACAACUUUGACUCUUUUGAAUGAUAAUUUACCAAAAAAGAUAAUGCACACACUUCUUAAUGUGAACUGGCCUCACUUAACUUUUUAGGGUGUUUCAGUCAGGAUAGAGUAGAUUAUAUGGUAGUAACAAGCAGCCCUGAAAAGCAACAGAAGUUUCUUUCUUGCCCAUGCUGCUUGUCCUCUGUGGGUCACCUGGAUGCCCUGCUCUGUGUCAUUUUUAUCUUCACUUGGGGACUCGGGCUGGCCGAGCUGCCACAGUCUGGAAGUGCUGGGAGAGAGCAUGGGGAAGCUUUCUGCCCGCAGGUGGCAUUCAUUAUUUCCAUCCACAUUUCAUGACUGGCCAAAGCAAGUCACCUGGCCAUACCUAACAUCCCAUCGCAUCCCCAGAGAGCCAGAAUGUCUGUGACCUGGCCUAAGGUCAGAGCAGAGGCCCCUCUGGCCUGUGAAGCUGUGGAUAGCUGUUUGCACCUACGCUACACGGCCCCCAGCAGCUGUGCUCUUAGUCCUUUUGACUGCGUUUCAUAGUUCGCAUUGCCUCCCUCGGGGUCAGGCGGCCAGCCAUUACUCUUUAUAGCCUUUAGUGUGCCGGCCCUCAGCAGCUCUGCCCGUUCACUUCAGAGUUAUUGCUUCUGAUCAGCAGCAUAUGUACAACCGUCCAAAGUCAAGUCAGGUAGUUACUGAGAGAGGGCUUUAGGGACUCGCCUGCAGCUAAAACGCACUGCCCUUAGUGCUUAGGAAUGGUAACCCUUCCUUGGACUGCUCAGGAGGGGUAUAACAAGGGGUUUUGGCCCUUUGCCCUGAUUUUUGGUUAACUUCCAGGGACUCGAAAGACACCAGAUGAACGGCCUUUAGAUAGGCAAGACAAUCCUGAGUAUUAACUGUCAUCUGUUGAUAAACUGCACUGCAGUGAAUCCUUUUGAGGAGCAAAGGUGUCUUGGGUUUCUUUUGCAUCUUCUUGUUCCCAUCCCAUGAAAGAGCUGAACUCAUGGAGGCCUGCUAGUGGAAUGUUGUGAGCUUCCUGUGCAGGGAGUGGCGCUUCAGUUGGGGAGGGGGUGAGUGCAUACAGAUGGAGUGGGAGUCCUCAUCCCUCCCACGUCCUGGAAGCAUCAGGCUGAGGCUCCCAACACAGUCCCCAAGCCCCUUCCUACUGUGUGUCCUGACACAGCUGCCCUCUGCCCUUCCCCAAGAAGUCUGCUGGGCUCUUGAAAUGUCAGCUGAUGGGCUCCAACUGCAUGUGCUGGCCUGGUGGGGACCUUUAUCUGCCCCCUUCUUCUUCAGGGGCACCUAUUCCCCUGGGCCUGCAAAGUGACAGAGGGACAGGAGAGGCCAUACUCUGUACUCAGGACCCAACUCUUAUUAGGGAACUCACUUUCUGUCCCAUCACAGCCAGAUGCAAAGGCCACGUGUCCUUGGCCACAGCUGCUUGACAAAAUGACGACGAUGAUGAUGAUUGCUGUACUAACCAACAUUGAUUAGGCCCUUACUGCGUAUCAGGGACUGUGCUCAGUGCUCACAUGCUUCAUCUCAUUUGCUUUUUACCGUAACCCCGUGAGGUCAGGUGGUAUGAACCCCAUUUUGUGUAUGAGGAGGCAGGUUUAGAGAAGUAAUUUGAUCGAGUUCUCAUAGCAAGAUUUUGGCAAAGCUGGGAACUUUAGGUGUCAAAAUCUAAGCUUUUAGUCCCUGGGCCAUGCUGCCUAAUGCACAUACUUGGUUUUGCCCCUUCCUCUGUCUGUUUAAACUCUCAGGGUAUAAGGAAUAUAAUUUCAUGACAGAUGGAAUCAAGAAUGUCAAAUUCCCCAGCAGUUUCUAUAUGAAUUGUAUUGAGAGUCAGUGGUGUGUUUAGCACUACCGAGAAGUGAGUGGGAGAGAAUCGAGCCUCACCGAGGACUGUGGGUCAGGUGCUCUGUUGAUUUCACAGAUGAAGCAAGCAGUUCAGGGAUUAAGAACAUGGUCUUUGAAAUCAGACAACUCCAACACUAUUUUCCUUGUGACUUAUGCUAAUUAACUUAUGUGGGCUUCAAUGUGCUCAUUUGUAAAAUGGAAAUUCUAAUAGUAUUUACCUGUUAGAGUUCUAAUAAUUGAAAUAAUGCAUGUAAAGCAUUUAGCACAGUGUCUGUCCUAAGGGGUUAUUAAACAUGAACUGUUUUUACUAG